AUGCUGGUACUUAACUGCUCCAGGAAGCAGAAGAUGCUGGAGAAAAUGCUAAAGAGGAGUUUUCCUGAGUCUGUUAUGGUUUAUGGAGAUGUGAUCAACAGCAGCAGAGGGAACCCCUUCAGCACAGAAUUGGUGGUGGACUCAUGACCAGACUUCAAAGCUGUUAUCACUCGACCACAAAGGAGCCUUUGUACAGACAGACACACAAAAAAGAACCUUGGUGACCUUAUGGCUCAUAUAGGGUACAACCUUGUCGAGGUCUCUGGGACAACCAGCAGUGAAGGACAAUCCCCAGCUGGCAGUUCGAGUGUUUCCAGCCUGUUCUGGAGAAAUGAGAUGGAUGAUCUUGACCAUUACACCAAUGCUUAUUCAGUUUUCUGCAAGGAGCUGGAAACUUACUGGGAGCUACUGGAAAACCCAAAUGCCAUCAACUGGGGACAAAUUUUUCAGAUUCAAGGGCUCCAGGAUGGCAUAUGUGAAAUAUUCAGAACUGUGGCUUUAUCCAAGCAGGUAGAUGUGAAAACAUCCUCUUUCCAGAUGGUUAUCCAUCCAGACCCAGACUUGCUGCCAGAUGUCAAAAUUCAGGUGGACCCCAAAUUGAACUUGGCUCACCUGGAUGUCUCCCCUACUGGCCUGCUCAGUAAAACCUGGUCACAGAGAGGCAAUCCAAGGUGCCAGAAGUAUCUUGCUGACCUCAUUUGCUGCAUCCCCAAUGCCUGUGUCUUGGAUGAACAUGGGAAUCCCCUCUCCUGGAGCCUGACAGACCAGUUUGCCACCAUGAUUCAUGAUUACAUCCUGCCAGAGCACUGAGGGAAGGGUUCCAGCAGGCUUGUGGCUACUCCUCCAGCUAAGACAUUGCACAGGUGUGGCUUUCCAGCUCAGGGUAAUGUGCUGGAGGCAAAUAUCCCAUCAAUAACAUUGCUGAAAAGCAUGAGUGCCCAGUUCCUUCCCCGCUCAUUUUUCAGAGUGGUUCAUACACCUUUUCAGUUUUUAGCCAAAUCUCACCUGUAGCCAAACCUCACAAACCUGCAUUCAGAUCAGCUUUUUUGCACUGCAGGAGAACACUGGUGGAAUUUAAUAACUUAGGUGAGAUCAGAAAUCACAGGAGAGUUUCCUGUGUAAUCCUAGAAUCAAAGGUAGUAAACGCUCAUGACUUCUGUGCUCAGGGAAAUCUGUACUCAUGGCAAUUCCAAAUGACUGGGCAAUGGCUCUAAGUGUAGACGUUUUGCUGUAAUUCAGUUGAAAUUAUGCUGCUUCUGACCAAAGAAUUAUUUCUUCUGUAUAACCAU